AAACAGGAAUGCCACUGAACGACUCCCCCACCCACACUGAUCACUGCCUUAAGUCAGGAACACUACUUCUCUCAGGAUCCCUUAUAAAUAUAUCCCUAGGAGUCUGUUUAGAAAGAUAAGGUCGACUCGAGCCUAGGGGAAAACAAAGGAAACUUAAGUCUUUAAUCUCCAGAAUCCUCUGCUAAAUAAUAACAUGUACGUGGUGAAACGCGAUGGAUGGGUGGAAACUUUUGACUUGGAGAAGAUUAAAGUGCGACUUAAGAAGCUUUGCAGUUACCAUUGUAACCCGCUCCUCGUUGCUCAAAAAGUCUCUGCUCGUUUCUACAAUGGAAUCACCACGACUCAACUCGACGAAUUGGCUGCUGACGCGGCUGCUUCCAUGUCUUGCAACCAUCCUCAUUAUGCCUACCUUGCUGCUAGGAUUGCUGUCUCAAAUCUUCACAAGAACACUAAGAAUUCAUUUUCUGAGACGGUUGCAGAAAUAUACCACCGUGUCGAUGAGACAUCUGGACUCAAGGCUUCUCUAAUAGAUGAGCAUGUAUCUAGGAUAGUUAUGGAGAACGCUGCUCGUCUGGAUAGUGAAAUCAUAUAUGACCGUGAUUUUGAUUAUGAUUACUUCGGGUUUAAAACGCUUGAGAGGUUGUAUCUCUUGAAAGUCAAUGGGAAAGUUGUUGAAAGGCCUCAACACAUGCUCAUGAGGGUUGCUGUUGGCAUCCACAUGGAAGAUAUUGAUUCCGCAAUAAAAAGUUACCAUUUGCUGUCUCAGAGAUUGUUCACUCAUGCGUCUCCUACUCUCAUCCAUGCAGGAACUCCAAAGCCUCAAUUAAGUAGCAGCUUUCUUAUCUGCAUGAAAGAUGAUAGCAUCGAGGCCACACUCCAAAAGUGUGCUGCUGUAAGCAAAUCUACUGGCAGUAUUAGUGUUUCAGUUCAUAACAUUCGGGUCACAAAUGGCAUUGUUCCAAUUCUGGAUGAUGUUGCUCAAGGAGGAGGACCCUUUGUUGUAUACAUGGAGCCAUGGCAUGCUGACAUCUUUGAGUUUAUAAAGCUCCAGAAGAACCACGGAAAGGUGGAGGAGCAUAUGGCUAGAGCUCUCUGGAUUCCAGAUCUUUUCAUGGAGAGAGUCAAGAGUGAUGGGAAGUGGUCACUGUUUUGUCCUAAUGAAGCUCCAGGAUUGGCUGAUUGCUGGGGCCUAGAUUUUGAGAGACUUUACACAAAGUAUGAAAGAGAGGGAAAGGCCAAGAAGGUUUUUGAGGCGUUGGACCUUUAUUUUGACAUCUUGACAUCUCAGGUAGAAACAGGAAUGCCAUACAUGCUUUUCAAGGAUUCAUGCAACAGAAAAAGCAAUCAGCAAAAUCUUGGUACCAUAAACUCCUCCAGUUUAUGUACUGGAGUUAUUGAGUACACUAGUCCAACAGAAACUGCUGUUUGCAAUAUUGCGUCGAUUGCUUUGCCCAGAUUUGUUAGGGAGAAAGACAUCCCAUUGGAGUCUCAUCCAUCUAUGCUUGCUGGCAGUCUGCGCUCAAGGAGUCGUUACUUUGAUUUUGACAAGCUAGCCGAGGUAACUGCUACUGUUACUAAUGAUCUCGAUAGGAUAAUAGACAGAACCAACUAUCCUGUGGAGACUGCAAAAACUUCAAACAUGCGUCAUAGACCUAUUUGUAUUGGUGUACAAGGUCUUGCAGAUGCAUUUGUCCUACUUGGAAUGCCAUUUGACUCUCUACAGGCCAAACAACUAAAUAUGGAUAUAUUCGAAACCAUAUACUACCAUGCACUCAAUGCAUCUUCAGACCUUGCUGCAAGAUAUAAUGCGUAUGAGACAUACAAAGGAAGUCCCAUGAGCAAGGGGAUUCUUCAACCUGACAUGUGGAAUGUGACUCCAUCAAACCGCUGGGACUGGGAUUUUCUUAGGGACAUGAUAUCAAAGAAUGGAGUGAGGAACUCUCUUUUAGUAUCACUGAUGCCAACUGCUUCAACCAGUCAGAUUCUCGGGAACAAUGAAUCUUUCGAGCCAUAUGCAUCAAACAUCUACAGCCGCAGAGGAUUGAGUGGGGAAUUCAUACUUGUAAAUAAGCAUCUUCUUCAUGAUUUGACUGAAAUGGGUCUUUGGACUCCAACACUGAAAGAGAAGGUCAUUAUUGAGAAUGGUUCGAUAUGUAAUGUCCCUGAGAUACCUGAUGACUUGAAAGCUAUCUACAGAACUGCAUGGGAGAUUAAACAAAAAACCGUGGUUGACAUGGCUACUGAUCGUGGAUGCUACAUAGAUCAAAGCCAGAGCUUAAAUAUACGCUUGGAAGAACCUACCCACCGAAAGCUCAGUUCCUUACACUUCUAUGUUUGGCGUAAGGGUCUGAAAACUGGGAUGCACUGCCUGAUGACUGACCCUGCGAUCAAGAAAGUAAAUCCUGCGAUGGCGGCGAUCAAUUCGUCUACAACGGCGCCGAUCUAUUCAUCUUCUUCCUCAUGGAAGAACAAGCAUCUUCCCACACCAAGAACCCUUGCCGUUGUAUCGUACUUCGCCACCAUUAUCUCCUUCUACUGCUCAUCCUAUUACAUUUCUCUUACGUCAACAAAGAAACUGAUUCCGCUCGCCUUCUUCUCAGUGUGCUUCGUCCCACUUUUCCCACUCCCUCGUCUGAAUCUUGAGAACCGCUUCAAUGGUAUACACCGUUGGGCUUUGUGUAAGUCGGUUGGUUCUUUCGCUUGCUACUACUUCUUUAAUUGGCUAGGCUCAUCUAUCAAGAUGGAGAGUGACAUGUUCUUGAUGAACACGUCUCUGUUCUUCCUCUUCUAUCUCAUCGCCAUGGAUCAUAUCUACGACACUAAUGAACAUGUCGGUCUGUGUGAUGGUAUCUUAUUUGCGGGUUUUGGUUUGAUGACGGAGGAAAAUACCAUCCCCCAAUUCGUUGUUAUUUGUGUUGGUUCAGUACUCUGCUUCUUGAAAAACUUCCGUCAAUUAUGGAAAUGUCAUGGAGGGAGUCAGCUUGAAGACGGAGAUGGAGAUGAUGACAGUCUCACCGCUGACAAUAUGGGGAAGGCCAGAACAGUUGCCGUCAUAUCCUACUUUGCCACCGUCUGCCUCUUCCUCCGCUCAACGUUCUUCGCCUCUCUCCCAAUUAAAAAGCUUUGGGUCCCGGUCAUCACUUUCGUCGUAUGUACCCUUCUACUCUUUCCCCUCCCACGGCUACGUCUUCAGAGGCGUCUGAACAACACACACAGUUACGCCAUCUGUAAAUCCAUUGGGUCGUUUGGGUGCAAUUACGCCUUCAACUCGUUGGGAUCUUCGGUUACUCUCGAUCAGGAUAGUUUUCUGAGUCAAGCUUCACUCACAUUUGCCAUCUUAUUAAUUGCUUUCGAUUACUUGUAUGAAGUUGAUGAGGAUUUUCAAGUGUGCGAUGGUUAUCUUUUCGCUGGCUUUGGCUUGAUGAUGGGUCAGCAAAAGAUACCACAGUGGGUUGUCGCUGUGAUAGGAAUAGGUCUUUGUUUUAUUAAGAACUACUUGCAGCUAUGGAGGAAGGCUGAUGCUCUCAAGUAUCCUAUAAGUAAAAGGUGUGACAUUGAGAAUAAAGGGAGCGAGAGGGAUCAUGAUGAGUAAUAAAAAAAAAUACUGAGACCGCUGGAGAUGGAACAGAGGAAUCAAAGGGUGAAGUAUGACAUAAAGUAGUGGCACCAAUUAUAUUGCUUUUUAGAGCUUGGUGUAGAGUAGUAUGUAGCGUAGUAGAAAUAUAGGGAAAAAGUUAUGAAACAAAUAUAAAUACGAUUCCAGAUUUUAUUUGUGUUCACCAUAUUUAUUUCUUUAAUUGUGAUACACUAGCGAUGAAAAUCUUCGAAUUUUUUAUAACAUUAAAAUCUGGGUUUAUGAAACUAGUACUG